UGCCGCUGCCCGCUGGCUGGGAGGAGGCGCGCGACUACGAUGGCCGCGUCUUCUACAUCGACCACAACACGCGUCAGACUUCUUGGAUCGACCCUCGCGACCGGAUAACAAAGCCAUUGACCUUUGCCGAUUGUGUUGGGGACGAGCUUCCUUUAGGAUGGGAAACUGUGUAUGAUAAACAAAUUGGAAUUUAUUACAUGGACCACAUAAAUAAGCUUACCCAGAUUGAGGAUCCCCGAGAACAGUGGCGGCGAGAGCAGGAACGCAUGUUGAAGGAAUAUUUAAUUGUAGCCCAAGAAGCUCUCAAUGCCAAGAAAGAAAUCUACCAGAUUAAACAGCAGCGGUUCGAGCUGGCUCAAGAGGAAUACCAGCAGCUGCACAAAAUGUGUGAGGACGACAGCCGGUCCUACGCCAGCUCAUUCUCUGGAUAUUCAACAAAUACAAAGUACGACCCACACCAAAUUAAAGCAGAAAUAGCAAGUCGUCGGGAUAGGCUUUCCAGAUUAAAACGAGAGCUGACCCAGAUGAAGCAGGAACUGCAGCACAAAGAAAAGGGGGUGGAGACCCUGCAAGAGAUUGAUCGGAAGAUGUCGAGUGCUCACACCAGCUACAAACUGGAUGAGGCGCAGGCUAUCAUGACAGAGCUCCGGACCAUCAAGAAAGCCAUUUGUACAGGCGAGAAGGAGAGGCGGGACCUGAUGCAGAGCCUGGUCCAGCUGACUGAUGGCUUUAAGAACAGCUGCUCCAUUACCGACUCUCCUCAAGAUUUCCCACGUGAUCCAGGUGCACUUGGCCAUUCUGGUUUACCUCAGCAGUUCUGUGACGCUGGCUCUCAGACAGAGCUUGUCUUUGAUGAUAAAACAAGACUGGUAGACCGAGUUAGACUUAACUGGCAGUAUGAGGAAGCCAGAAAGAGAGUUUCGAACAUCCAGCAGCAGCUGGCCCAGCUUGAAAACGAGUCCUGGCCCGGCAUGGCGGAGGCCGACAGGGACCGGCUGCAGCUCAUCAAAGAGAAGGAAGCCCUGCUCCAAGACCUGCAGCUCAUCAUCCAGCAGCGGCGCUCGGCGGAGGACGUGGGCCGCCUGGAGCAGGAGCGCAGGCGGCUAGAGGACGAGCUACAGCGCGCACGGGCCACAUCUGCGCAGGGCGCUACGGAGAGGAUUCUCCUUCAGGAAAAAAGAAAUUGUCUGCUUAUGCAGCUAGAAGAAGCCACCCGCUUAGCAUCCUAUCUCCAGUCCCAGUUGAAAAGCCUGUCUGCCAGCACCCUGACGAUGUCCUCUGGGAGUAGCCGUGGGUCCCUGGCCUCCAGCCGAGGUUCACUUGCCUCCAGCCGCGGUUCCCUGAGUUCCAUCAGCUUCACCGACAUCUACGGCCUCCCACAGUACGAGAAGGCCGACGCUGAGUGCGGCCAGGUCCUGCGCUUCGACCUCAUCCCCUUCGACUACCUGGGACGGGAUGCCCCCUUCCCAGACCCCCCGAGCCACUCUGGCCUCCACAAGCAAAGGCGGUCCUUGGACACACCCCAGUCCCUGGCAUCGCUAUCCUCCCGCUCAUCCCUGUCCUCUUUGUCGCCCCCAAGCUCACCCUUGGACACACCUUUCCUCCCGGCCUCCCGGGACUCGCCUCUGGCGCAGUUGACGGAUGGUUUUGAGGUGCCAGGCCUGGGUACCCUGGACAGACUGCGGGCUCAGGCCUCUGCUUUGGGGGACGAAGAUUUGCAGGCCACGGUGUCCCUUCAGCCUCGCGGAUUCCCUGGGGAUGGGGAAGGACCACACGAACGAGGACCCCAAUUGGCCGGGGCUCCCAUGGGUGGACCAGUGACUCUUCGAGAAGAUGGUGCCAAGAGGCUGGAGAGAAGAGCGCGCCGCAUCUCUGCAUGUCUGUCAGAUUAUUCACUGGCAAGCGACAGCGGGGUAUUUGAACCCCUAACCAAAAGGAGUGAAGAUGCGGAGGAAUGUGCCUACGGGGACACGUGCAGUAGUGAAGACCCCCAGAUCCAUGUGGGCAUUUUGCAUGACAGUGUCAGCGAGUGUCUCCUGGUGCACGUGCUGCAGCUGAAGAACCCCGCAGGGCUGGCGGUGAAGGAAGACUGCAAAGUCCACGUCCGUGUUUAUCUGUCCCCGCUGGACUCUGGCACGCCCAACACCUACUGCUCCAAAGCUCUGGAAUUCCAAGCUCCACUGGUGUGUAAUGAGGUUUUCAGAAUCCCUGUGCAGCCCAGCAUGCUGGUGUUGAAGUCACUCCAGUUGUACGUGUGUUCGGUGAGCCUGCAGCUGCAGGAGGAGCUGCUGGGCAUUGCUCAGAUUAACUUGGCUGAUUACGACAGUUCCGGCGACAUGCAGCUGCGCUGGCACCCUGUCCAGGUCUUCACCAGCCCAGAGCCCCCACGGACCAGGGAGGAGAGCUCGGCCGAGGACCCUGCCUCUGGCAAGACGGACGCGGUGACAGCACUGCUGGCUAGGACCACAGCCCAGCUGCAGGCGGUAGAGAGGGAGCUGGCCAAGGAGCGAGUGAGGCUGGAGUGCGCUGAGGAAGAAAGCCUGGAGAUGGAGCAGAAGGAAGAGCGGGCUGAGGCCGUGUCAGAGCGGAGUUGGCAGGCGGACUCGGUGGAUAGUGGCUGUAGCAACUGCACCCAGACCAGCCCCCCAUGCCCAGAGCCCUGUUGUGUUGGUGUCGAUGCCAUCCUGGGACAUGCCUUUGCUGGCCAGGCAGAUCCUUACAACCCUGAGAAACGUCAGCCCUUGCCCCUUAAGGUUGAUAAGGAAACCAACACAGAAGAUCUCUUCCCAGAAGCAGCUGCGGGUGCUUUGCAGGAGCGGCCCAGCCGCCGGGCCCGAGGGUCCCCUUUUGUUCGCAGUAGUACUAUUGUCCGAUCUCAGACCUUCUCGCCUGGAGCACGAAGCCAGUAUGUUUGCAGACUUUAUCGUAGUGACAGUGACAGUUCAACACUGCCCCGGAAGUCCCCCUUUGUCCGAAAUACUUUGGAAAGACGAACCCUUCGCUACAAGCAGUCCUGCAGGUCUUCCCUGGCAGAGCUCAUGGCCCGCACCUCCCUGGACCUGGAGCUGGAUCUCCAGGCGUCGAGAACACGGCAGAGGCAGCUGAACGAGGAGCUGUGUGCCCUGCGUGAGCUGAGGCAGCGCUUGGAAGAUGCCCAGCUGCGAGGCCAGACUGACCUCCCGCACUGGGUGCUGCGGGAUGAGCGUUUCCGCAGCCUGCUGAAGGAGGCUGAGAGGCAGACACGACAAACCAAACUUGACUACCAUCAGGAACAGGCCGCUGAGAAGAUGUUGAAGAAGGCCUCUAAAGAGAUCUUCCAGCUUCGAGGGCAGAACAGCAAAGAGCCCAUCCAAGUGCAGACCUUCAGGGAGAAGAUAGCAUUUUUUACAAGACCAAGGAUUAACAUACCUCCUCUCCCAGCUGAUGACGUUUGAUAUCAUGCAUUGUGCACAUGAAAUAUUUAUCUGCCUCUUUAUUUUCAUGAAGUUCUUAGACUAGCUAAAUUUGUCCUUAAAAUAUUUGUGCAAAGCUAUCCUUCUAGAAGGCUUGUAAAAAAAAAAAACCCACAUAUAUCUAUACAUAUAUAUUUUAUAAUAGUGACGGCAACAGGGCUUGGUUUUUCCUUGUUGUGAAAUUGACAUCUCCGAAGACAGGUUAUUUUAUAAAAGAUCAACUAUCAUGUUAAGAAUGUACAGUUUUUACGCUGUUUUAUUUGACUUAAAGGCUGGAAGACAGAAACGAAGUGAGUUCAGGCAAAUUCACUGUAUUGUAAUUUAUUUAUAGUACUUUUUUUUCCUUGAAGGAAAAUACUGACUUUAAGAUUUAUUUUGAGACUGAAAUUUUGUUCUUCAGUAUUUGUCAUGCAGUAGAAUGGAGCUUGGGGCCGGUUUUGUUUUUGACACCUGAAAUGCAAACACUAUGUGCUAAAUUUGUCACUUGUAUCAGUUUCUCAUAUGUGCAUUUACCAAGUAUAUUGUACACAUUCGCUCUCUUCGUGUUAUGUUAAAAUGUCACCUGCAGGAGUUCAGUUGUAAUUCACAAACGUGUAUGCAUUGCAGAGGUCAGUCUCUGAUGUGGACUGACACUGACCGCUCCUCAGUUCUAUGUUGUCUUCUGAUGCAUCUUUCUGUGCCCCCAUGGGUCUGAAGCAGGCGACAGAGCCUCCGUGUCCUGGGCUUCAGCCUGCCUGUCCACGGUGGCUAUCCACGCUGCCCAUUCUCUGAGCACGCUCAGCCUGCUUCCCAUCCAACCUGUCUGACUGUAACUGACCAGGAGGGUGGUGGGAACUCCUGCCAUGCCACUGUGUCAUGAAGGAAAGUGAAAAGGGAACUGGUAAUGCCCAUUUUCAGUGACUCUGUGGGUGAAUGUAGCAGUUAUGUCAUAGACAUGAUCACCUUUGAAGGUGCUUUUUUGGGGGGAGGGAAGGAUGUGGGUAACUGGAGUUACCCAGUGAGUGAUUACAGGAGUGCAUUUGAUUAAAAUGAGAAUGGCCCCCGUGCUGCAGUCUAUCCAAUGUUCCUCAAGUAAUCUGAGAACUAGCUCAUGAGGAAAAAACCUUUUAAUGUAAUACAAAUGUGCCAUUAUUCUUUUAAAUGCCAAAUGAUAUAAAUAUUUUGCCUAAUAUGUAUUUAUUACACAUGAAAUGCACUCUCUUUUAUGAAACCUUAGAAGAGUGAAUGAGCUGAGUCACAGAAAAUGUCAAACAAAACAGAAUUCUCUCUUCCUAGGUCUUUCUCCCUUGGAAAUGUCCCUUUUAAUCAGGUUUUUCCUCUCUCCCAUCAAUCUGUAACCUUCUCCUUAUAUAACCCACUUUCCUUUUUACAUUUAUUAAAAGUGAAUUUUGUAAAAGCAUUUCAUUAACAUGCGACCUAUCACAGACAAUGGAAUUUGUCAGUGGUGGUAAGACUGAAAACUUUAUGCUUUUUACAAUUGUCUCUUGCUAUGUAUUUCUGCCUCUAGUCUUGCUUUUUUUUGCUUUUGUUUUUUUUUGGCCAAUUCCUUUUUAUAUGUGCCACCACAGAGGUAGAUGGACAGCCACAAAGUAUCCAUGGGUUCUUGCUAGCACUGCUGAGCAGGCCUCUGGGACCCAAGCUGUUCAAACUUUCAACUCCAGCCAAGACCCGGCGUCUCUGCACUCCAAGGUGCGCAGGGUGCCAAUGGUUUCUGCCUUGGGCUCAGGGCUCCUCAGCGCAGGGCAAGCCCCUUCAAGUAGCAGUGUGGGGGAAACCCACUGUGCCAGAACAGAAAGCCCCAUACAAGUGUUUUCAAAUCAGUUUCACUUGCCAGUUUAUGCAGAUUUCUGUUUGGAGUGUCCCCUUCUUACCUCAUCAAGGUUUUUCUAAAAGAAUCCCAUUGCUGCUGUGCAAGAAGCAAAUACAGCCCUGCUUUGGGGUUGGUCCGGAGAGCAGUGGUGUUUGCCACCUUUCCCCACUGCCCAUGUCUGCUUCUGCAUUUGGACAUGGCCCUGGCAAGGAAAGGAAGUCAAGACCCAUCGGAGCGAGAGAGCAGGCUGUUCUGUACAGGCGCACGGUGGAGCACUCCCAUUCUGCGCCUCAUUCAAGACAGGGUUCUGCAGCUAAUGCCUAGUUAAGACUGCCACUCUCGGGAAUAUCCCACAGGCUAGAAAAGUGAACUCCCAUCGGCUUAAGGGGUAUUUUCAUCUGAUGUCGAAAUUUGGCCAUCCACUGGACCUGGUAAUAAAAUUCUGCCAGGCUUUAUGGGCUGUUCUGGUCCCGAAACAAUUAGGAUUCUGCCACCAGGGUUCUUUAGUGCUGCAUGUAAAAGGGUAUUUGGCUUUUGCUUCAUCUAAUCACUGAAUUGUCAGGCUUUGGUUGAUAAUUACAGAAAUAAGUAACUUUCUGUUGUGGGAAUAAGUUAUAAUCAGCAUUCAUCUCUUUGUUUUUGUCACUGUUCUCUUUGAUCAUGUCAUUCGUAUUGUUUGAAAAUAUUUCUUCUAUAAAAUUAAACUAAUUUGCCUUAA